AUGCCCGUAUGGCAGGACGAUGCAGCCCACAGCAGCGCGCUGGCGCAGCUGCGGGAGCGUAUCCCUGCCUCUGAGGCCCCGGACGACCAGCUGGUGUGGUUUUUGCGUGACAGGAAACUCGACGUGGUGGAGGCCGAGGAGAAGCUGCGGAAAACGAUCGAAUUCCGGAAAGAGUUCAGGGCGGAGACUCUGACUGCGGGCGACGUCGCCAGCGAGGCUGCCACGGGGAAGUCGUACGUGCACGACAAGCGCGACGUGUUCGGGAGGCCGGUGCUGAUUGUAGUGGCUGCGCGCCACGAGAUCGGCGCCGCGCCGAUCCGCGACAGCCAGGAGUACGCCGUGUACCUCAUGGAGCGGUGCGUGGAGCAAAUCGAAGGUGCGGGGACGCGGGGCGAGGCCGGGCGCGACGCCGAGACGGUCCUCGGCCUGUUCGACCUGCGCAACUUCUCCGCCCGGCGCAACGGCGACAUCGAGUUCAUCACGUUCCUGGUGAAACUGUUCUUCAACAUUUACCCCAAACGCAUCGGCCAGGUGCUCCUCGUGGACGCGCCGUUCGUGUUCAAGCCCGUCUGGGCCGUCAUCAAGCCGCUCCUGGGCAAGUACUCCAAGCUCGUGCGCUUCGUCAGCGCGGACGAAGUCAAGAGGGAAUACUUCACUCCUGACACGUUGCCAGACAUCCUGCAGUGA